AUGCUCGCAGUCAGUACAGCCGGCGCGCUCCUCAUCGCCGAACCACAUUCUCUCAAACGCGACACCGUUACCCCUCUCAUUGAUCUUUCUAUUUCUCCAAACUCAUGCGCUUGGGCCAAUGGCUCAACUGUAUACCUUUCUUCGGACGAAGCGAUAUAUCGGUACGACUGCGUGGCAGGAUCUCUGGAUCCUGUUAUGUCCUUAGCUGAGCCGAAUUCGCGAGUGCUGGUGAAGGACGGUUCCAGCCUUAUUGUCAGUGAUGGAAGGAAGGUUCACGUUGUGGAUGUGAAGGGAAAGACUACACAGACACUCGAGUCACAUACUUCCGUCAUUUCUUCGAUAUCUUUGUCCAACGAUGCCUCACUUCUGGCGAGCGCUACAUCGGCCGUUGUCCAUGUCUAUAACUUGGCUACAGGUUCUAAUUCAGUACUAAGGGGACUGGCUCUGGCAGGCCAGAGUAUUGGGGCAUGCGCGUUCCACUCACAUUCACGGACGAGGCUUCUCCUUGGAAUCGGACGGCAAUUCGUCGUCUACGACACCACCCGCCCAUCUAGCCCGGUGAAAACGAUUCCGUUAGACACCUCUAGUUCCGGAGAUAUCAACGCGAUCAGUUCAAGUCCUUUCAGCAAAUCAUUGGUAGCCGUAUCAACGACCGGCGGCUACCUCGGUCUCAUAGACCUUGAGAAAGAGAAAGGAUUAUUCCGUACUCUCAAUCUCGGUGUGGCAGUCCCCUCCAUGUCUUUUUCUCAAGAUGGAGCGUCGGUAUACCUCGGCACUUGCGAUGGGCGGCUGCUCGUGGUUGACUUACGCGCUUUGGAAAAGCCACCCAAAGAAGUAACGGUUAAUCCAGACAGCAAGCCGAUCACGGCCAUUGCAAUACAGAGUAAGUCUCAAGCUCAAGAAGCCCUCAAGAAGGACAAAGUAGCCAGCACAAGCAAGGUAACUACUUCAUCGAGAGGUGCUAUAUCCCACAAGACUACUCCGAAGUCCCCCUCGAAACCAUUGUCAUCGAAGAAGUCGAAAACUCCCGCAAUGGUGGACGCGAAGGCAUGCAGUCAGCCUGAAGAAACGAAAGGCCUAAACGAUAGUCAGAUAUCUGUACAACUGGAAACCCUGUCUGCAUUCAAAGCGCCCUCGAAGUCGAAGGUUUCUACCACGAAGGCUGAUUCACCUAAAGUGUCAAAAGCAAAGACACUUACUUCCUUAGGCUCUCCUAGCCGAACUACAGCCAGUGCCAGACCCGCGAAAGUAUCUUCCCCGAGUAAACUCAGCAAGGAUGGGCCCCGGAAGCCCAGGACGAUGCCAACAGGUUCUCGCGCCCGAUUACCAGCAGAAAAUCUCCCAUCUAGCUCCUCCCAACUGAGCGUCCCUUCAGAACAGGAUUCUCGCCCGAGGUCCAGGCAAAGUGUAAUUUCCUCAGCCAGCCGAACGGUGUCUUCCACCUCUACCACGGGGCCGUCCACCGGCUCGCGCGUUUCCAGCAUGACUUCAGCGCGUUCCGCCUCGUCUUUAUCGUCUCGAAUCACAUCUUCGGCGACUUCGAGCAAGCAGACCAGGAAGGUUAGCCGAACCAGCACACGAAUGACUAGUCGGACGCCCUCGCCGGAUCUGCCAGGUGUAACUGCUGAUCCCGCUACACCGAUUCCAGCAGCGCGAAAGAGGGCCGCGCUCGGUGUGCUAGGACUGGGUACACCCGAAGUCAACCGAUGGAUUGAGGCAGGGAAUGGUGGAGGCGAAGCCGAGGCACGGAAGGACAAGGGGAAAGGGAAGGCUGUUGGGUUCCAGGAAACUCUUGAUACAUUCGAAGACGGAGACGAGGGGGAGGAUGACAAAGAGAAUGAGUGCAGUCUCGUUAUAUCACCACUUCGCCGGGGCAAGCCAGCACAACACGAUUGGGCGGCCGCGUCACCCACAAGAUUUGCUAUGCCAUCGUCUCCAGGUGUACCCACAACCGGGCCUGCCCACGAGCUUCUACGAACUAUUGUCAAAGAUGUCAUGUGCGAUUUCCAGCAGGAGUCGCGGAACGAGAUGGUAGGACUUCAUCUCGACAUGCUUCGUAUGGGACGGAACUGGAAAAAAGAUAUGAAGGAGAUGAUGGAGUAUAUGGGCAGCUUGAAGGCGCUUCAGGAGGAAAAUCUUAGACUCAGAGAAGAAAACGAACGUUUAAGAAGGGGUUACUAA